AUGGAAAAAGAAAAAUUCAGUUAUUUCAAAACCAAAGACAGCUAUGAAACUUGUAGUACAUUAACAGUUGAUUCAUUCCAGUCUUUUAAUGAAAGCAAAUUUUUGAUUAAAAAAAAAACAAACGAAGAUGAUGAUCAAAAUGCGAAUUCGAUUUCCAAUAAAUUUUCUUCAAGUUUUAUAGCAAUGCUACAAGGAGUUGAGGUUCUUUGCAACCUUCCCAUUUUGUAUAUAUUCAAGGAUACUUAUCAGCUUCAUCCUGCUACUCUUAACAUGCUAAUGAGCAUAAUAAAAAUUCCAUGGGCAAUCAAAUUAUUAUGGGGAAUAAUUUCAGACACAUACCCUAUAUUUGGAUAUAGAAGAAAAUAUUAUUUAAUUUUUGGAUCAGGGUUAUGUAUAUUAUCAUUAUUAAUUUUAGGGUUAAUAUCACAUACUAAUAUAUUUUUAACAAUAUUUUUGUUGGUUAUAUAUUUUUUUGGAAGCUCUCUUUGUAAUGUUAUUGGGGAAGCACAAGUAAUUGAGUCGAGUAGAAAAGGAUCCGCAAAUACAUCUGUUAAAAAUAUUUCGAUUUUUUUUGCAUUUAGAAAAAUAGGAUUUGCUAUAAUGCAUUAUUUAUCUGGAUAUUUAUUGUCUAUUCUGAAUAAUCAGCAUAUUUUUUUGAUAUCUUCUAUUUUACCAUUAUCUAUAUUUAUAUCCGCUUUUUUUGUUGUUGAAAAAAGGGAUUAUAAAAAAUGCAAAAUAAAAAAACAAAUAAAAUCUAUAUAUGAAAUAAUCAAAACAUCUUAUAUCCAAAAAUUAAUUUUAUUUAUAUUUAUAAUGAUGUCAACACCAUCUAGUGGAAGUAUAUUAUUUUUUUUUAUGGCUAAUGAAUUACAAUUUAAACCAAAAUUAUUAGGAAAAAUAUCAAUGUUUCAAUCGCUAGCUAGCUUACUAGCUAUUUUAUUAUAUAUGUUAAUACUUAGUAAAAUAAACAUAAAAAAGUUAUUAUUAUAUUCAACUAUUAUAAUGGCACCAUUUAGUUUGCUACCAUUAUUAGCUAUCCAUAAAAUUAAUAUAUUUAUACCAAAUACAUUAUUUAUUAUAACAGAUACUAUGUUAGUAGAAUUUAUUGGAGAAUUACAAUCUAUUCCAAUAUUAGUACAAUGUUCAAGAAUAAUACCUAAAGGGUUUGAAUCAACAAUUUAUUCAUUUUUAUUAUCCGUAAAUAAUUUUGCAGUAAUGGUCAGUUCAUUCAUUUCUUCAAUAAUAACAUACCAAUUAGGUAUAACAUCAACUAAUUUUGAUAAUUUAUCAAAAAUGAUAAUUAUUUGUUGUCUUACAAAUAUAAUACCAAUUAUUUUUUUGUAUAAUACAACAAAAUUUGAUAAUGAUUCUAAACCUUGUAAAAAUAACGACAAUAAUACUCUUAAUUCUUCGGAUAAUGAAUCCGCAUUUUUUGAUUCUACAUCUUAUGAAAUAAAAAAUUGUGAAGAAAUCAAAUAUUUUAUCACAGAAAAUGGACAUGAUAUACCAAUACAAUAA